GUGCAGGGUUGCAGAAGCAGGAGCGCAGAGCGCGAUUGGUCUCUGAAAGCCCAACCCAACAGAGUCAUUGGUGGAAAUCAUCUCCACACUCCCAACCACUAAACACUAAAAUGACUAGGGUAAAAUAAUAUCGCGGCACUCUGCAGUCUGUCCAGCUCCGGCUCCUUCUCGCCCCGUAUCCCCGCGUUUAAGGAUAACUUAUAAAGGAACCCCGACUGGAGCGACGGGAGCUUUAUUCCCUCCGACUCCACAAUCACGGCGCUUUUUUGUGGGAAGAUCCAGCCGGGAUAAGGUUUCAAGAACUUUUACGCACGAACAGGACGGCUCUGUACUCUAAAACUACAGUUUGACUUAAGAUUCGAGUGAGAGAAAAAUUAAGUGUAGAUUUUUCUCUUCUUUUUUUUUUCUUCCUCCGGCGGUUAAAGUGGUUUCAUGUUGACAUCUAAGAGAGCUCAUUUCGCUUUUUAGUCCAGAUAUUUCUUAAAAGUUUAGAAAGAAAAACUGGACUGUCAAACUUUUUGGAUUACCUGUUUACUAUAUUGUCACUCCUCGGUGUUUUCUUUCUUUUAGAGGACUCCGCAACUCUUUUUGACAUUUUGAGAGAAAGCGCAAAUAGUUGGUUGUGCGGAGACGCGGCAUUUCAAGUUGUGCCUUACAUAAGACCGGUACUUCACCGAGUGACUUCGUUUGUGCAUUGUUUUGGGUUUUUUUUCUUCUUUUUUUUGCUGAAGAUAGUGAAAAUAUUCCCCUUUAUGCUUUUCAACUGACACAUCAUGUUCAGAUGAUCUAACGCAGCAGUGUUCAGCGCGCGUCGUUACUCUUUCUCAUCCACGGCGCUCUCGCCUCCAUCAUUUGCGCUCACGGUGGACUCCUGAGACCAGCUCUCCGGAGGAGAGACAGAAAGAAAGAGAGGGGGGAGAAAAAAAGACCAAAAGAGACUCAGAGAGCGACAGAGAGAAGCAGUUUCCCCCCGUGCUCUCCUGCAGCGACCCAGUCAAGUGGCACUGACCCAAGCUGUUGUGAUGCAUAUUCCCGUAGAGCCGCCCACCACCAGACGGUUCACGCCGCCCUCCACGUCUUUCCCCUGCAACAAGAUCGGAGACGGCAACGGGGCCAUGGCCACGCCGGGGCCCCUCAGGGCCAGGCCGGACACCCGGAACGUGGUGGACGUCCUGGCGGACCACGCGGGCGAGCUGGUCCGGACCGACAGCCCCAACUUCCUCUGCUCCGUCCUGCCGUCGCACUGGCGCUGCAACAAGACGCUGCCCGUGGCUUUCAAGGUCGUGGCUCUGGGCGACGUCCCCGACGGGACUCUGGUCACCGUCAUGGCCGGGAACGACGAGAACUACUCGGCCGAGCUCAGGAACGCGUCCGCCGUCAUGAAGAACCAGGUGGCGCGAUUCAACGACCUGCGCUUCGUGGGCAGGAGCGGGCGAGGAAAGAGCUUCACUCUGACCAUCACCGUGUUCACGGGACCCCCGCAAGUGGCCACCUACCACCGCGCCAUUAAAGUCACCGUGGACGGACCUCGGGAACCGCGCAGGCACAGAGUGAAGAUAGAAGACCCUCAGAAGAUGCAGUUCUCCGAAAGGCUGUCAGAAAUCGAGCGCUACCAGCGAAGUAUGCGGAUAGGUCCAGUGAACAAUAAUCAACGCCCCAUUCACCAAACCCACCUCAGCACCACGCAAGGUGAGGACCUCUGGCACACGCAGGCUCGGUCCCAAAUAGCCCUGUGGCAGGAUCAGAUGGACACACCCGCCCUGAAGACCUGCAAAGUGGAGGAGGACCUGAGAACAUGGCAAGGGACUACAGACCUGUUCCCGCAGAGGACCACCUUCCCGUCUCUGUCACCACUGACCGACCCUCGCUUCUCAGACCCCCGCAUGCACUACCCGGGGGCCUUCCCGUACUCGGCCAACACCUCCAGCACCGGAAUCAGCGCCCUCAGCAUGUCGGCCUCCUCUCGAUACCACACCUACCUGCCUCCGCCCUACUCAAACAACCAGUCUCAAAACUUCCAGUCCAACUCCUACCUGUACUACGGCACGGGCUCCGGGUCCUACCCGUUCUCCAUGGUGGCGCCGGGGAAUACCGGGGGCGAGCGCUCCCCCACCCGUCUGUUAUCCUGCUCCGGGGCCACGGGGGCCGGGGGAACCAACAGCCUGAUGAACCCGGGGCUGAACACCCAGAGCGAGGGCGUGGAGGCCGACGGCAGCCACAGCAACUCCCCCACGGCCAUGAGCGCUUCGGGUCGCUUGGAUGAGUCUGUCUGGAGGCCUUACUGACUGACAGACAGCUAGAAAGAAAGAAAAAGAGGAGUCCGAGACAAAAAGGAAGGAAAGGUGAAGAGUAAUGAACAAAAAAAAAAGAAGAAAAAGCUGAACACUGAAAGAAAAAAAUAAGAGAAAUGUUGCAUGUCCGUCUUAUUUCUCUGGCACUCGCUUUAAAGACUUACUGCUUUUAAGAAACCAAAACAAUUCUCUUGUGUAUUUUGUAAUUUUUUUAUUUUUUAUUUCCUUUGAAUGAACUCCUGCACUGCGCUGAAACACGUACUCUAAAAAAGACCUUUGCAAAGCCAUAUUGAGUUCAGGCGACGUUCAGCGGCCGCUCAGCUGCAGACGGAGGCGAGAAGCCAUAGCAGCCUUUCUGAAUCAUCUUUUUUCUCGGCAAAGCCUCAUCACUCAUCAAAUACACAGCAACAGAAGAGAGCGGAGGUACAAUCGAACCCUACGCAGCACGGCGAACUGAAAAACCACAGCAGACAUCCAUCAAACAGACUGUUCAGACUGAUUUGGCUCACUUGGCAGGUGGAGAGGAGGAGACUGGGUGCUCGCUCCGUGACUGACUCCUCGCCAGGCUUGGCUGCACUGCUGUAGCAAUCAGUCCUUUUAAGCUUUCAUUUCUGUAAAAUAUGAACAUUGCAAAAAAAAAAAAGUAUCGUGAGCUGUAAAAAAAAUACAAAAAAACAUUUGCAGUUGCAUCCAGGGCUGUUUCGUGUACUUUUGCAGUACCUUAUUGUCUAAUUUAUUAUCUAAAAAACACCCAUUAGCCUUUGGUGCUUCAGUGUGCAGUUGAUUUCUCUAAACAGUUGCUGCAUUAUUGAGAGAAAAAGCAUUUUAAAUGUCAGGACCCACAUGUUGGAGAAAAUGAAUCCUACUUUGCUGUGUCAUCGGUGUAUAAAGUUUCACGGGGAUAAGGAAUGUAAAAGGCAAACGCAGAGGGAGUUUGUUUUAUUUUCUGCAGGUAUGUUGAAGUCCGGUUCUCGCCUUUACCUUCUUUUUUUCUUCACUUCACAAACAAGCCCUUUUCUAAAGAAGUAGCCCUAUUUUAUUUUCCUUUUUUAACUGGAUGACACAGUUUACUUUUGAUAUUUAUUUGAGCCAGAUUUUGAGGAAAUGUAUGCAUUUACCCCAAAUCCUUAAGCAUUUCUCCUUACUUUUCCUUUUCUAUAUAAAUAUAUAUACGGUAUAUACGCCAUGUUUUGCUGUUAAGUAUAAAUUUGGAAUUUGUGUAAUAUAUUGCAACUAAAUUAUGAAAAACAAAAACCUUUAAUGUUAUUAUUUGCCUGCCAAUGUAGCUUUGAUGCACUAAAACCUUUAUUCCAAAUGAACCAUGCCCAACAGAAUAUGUUCAUAGUACUUCUGCAGCUGAAAUCCUUUAAAACAAUUUCCAAACUGCCUUUGCUGAAAAAAAAGCCAUUUGCUAAUUUUUUGCACUAUUUUCAACUUUCAUCCAUCUUUCCUUGGUUAUUGUUAGUUAUUAAUAUAUCAGAAGGUGUCCAGAACGAAUUAUCAAAUAGCCCUGCACAUAUGUUUUAACACACAUGAAGUAUUCUUACAAUCAGAAAGUAGUCACACACACACACACACACACACAUACACACACACACACACAUAUUCCCGCACCACAGGUGUGUGUGCACAUUCCCCCCAUCCAGGGUCACAUCCCUGCAGUUAUAGAUGUUAUCCACUGGCCCUUGAGGAAGAGGAGUUUGAAAAUGAAGGGACAGAGGGAAGAGGAGGGGUCAGAGAGGUAUCUUCUUACCAACACCGAGGGAAGUUGUUGGAAAAAGAAGAAAAGAACAAGAAAAAGAAAGGAAAAAAGCCUUGCACAGGUCCCUUUGUUCUGUGUGAUCAGUGAGUGCUCCGACGCUCCUGUAGCCUAUCAAUCUGUCUCUCCAGCUUUAAUUUAGCCAUCAUGCCCUGCCAGCAGUUCACACACAUGCACGGACCAUCUCGGCGUGACCUAAGGUAUUUAUAACAAGGUUAUCAGGUGACUGAUAUUUAUCAGGAAAGUCUUUCACAAGAGGGAAGAUGAUUAGAAAUGAUGACUCUGAAAAAUGGUGGUCGCUACAUACGUAGGUGAGGUUUCAUUUCAAGGUGAGCCAAAGAAGCUAGCGUUUGCCGCUCAGGUAAAGAACUAAAUGAUGCAAAGUGUUUCUCAAACCCUCCGCCUUAUUGCUCUUUUAUUCUUCAAAGAACUUCGGUCUGUGCCUCAUUCCUAUUGCCUUCUGGAUUAGAGGAAUAAUAUGUCUAGUUUCCCUGUUCUCUCCUCCAAAGCCUGUACAUGUUUGAAAACCCCACAACUUUAUUACGGGCAACAACAAUCAUGCAGCUAAAGAAAGUAUAUGUGUGCUGAUAUCUGUGCUGUUACUUCCUUAAAAACCAAAGAUGUUCACAAUUGCCUGUAAUAUUGUUUGGAUGUUAAUAAUGAGAUGUUUGGCCAAUCAGUCGCGUCUUGGCUGGUCUUUAAUGUCAUUGUUUGCAAAACUAGAAAGCCAAAAUGUACAAAUGAAUUGAUUUUUUGUUUUUUUCUGUAUUACAUUAAAAAAAGCACAAAUGUUACAUUAAUUUUGUUUCUUUUUAAAAGGAUCCAUUUCUCUUUUUUCAUGUACUUAAAUGGUAAAUCAUUUUGCUGUCUUCAUUUCUUUCGAUGCUCAAAGCAUGUACAUUUGAAACUGAUAUGUUAAUUUAAAACGUUCAUCUAUGUAUGUGAUGAUACCAUUAAUGCUUCCAUAUUGAGUGCUUGUAAAGUUUGCAGAUAAUGUAGUUUUUAAUCAUUUUAAUUAAAAAAAUGUGUCUCA